CCUAAAUAAACCCCACCAUACAGCCUUUCCACCCCUAUUGCAUGCCCAUUUUGUUCAUUUCCUCGUACUUGUUUCUCUUCCUCUCCCUCCCUAUCUUCUUUCAACUCUCUCCAAAAUACCAGAACUCUAAACCAAAGAACAAGAAAGAAAAGAAAUUCCUUAUACAGAAGAUAACAGAGCUAGCAACAAACAUCACAAAGAAAAAGAAUUCCAUGGCUGUUGAAGCUCGCCACCUUAAUCUCUUCCCUCCUCAACUCAUAGGCAACAGAGAGAUGAUGAACACCUUUGAAGGAAACACGAAUAUCUACAACAGUAGUAGCAACCAGAUGGGUUAUGGAGUAGUGCCAUUAUCAGGAACAAUCACAGCCGAUACUCUGCUUCCGGCUUACAAUAAUGUCUUCAACGAUUCCAAUUCGUUUCCUCCGAAGACAACAACCACGACUACCGCUAUGAAAUCCGAUAGCGGUCUCACCUAUAACUUCCCAACUUUAUCAAGAAAGCGAUCCAGAGACUCUUCCUCCAUUGAUCCUUUCCUCUCACCUUACCAAACCGCAACAAAGAACUGUGGCGCCUCUUUCUCCUUUCUUGGCGAAGACAUUUCUCUGCAAAUCCAACAACAUCAAUUCGACAUCGACCACUUAAUCUCUCAUCAUAUGGAGAAAGUGAGAUUGGAAAUUGAGGAGAAGAGAAAAAGGCAAGCGAGGAAGAUAUUAGAGGCAAUCGAAUUGGGGAUGAUGAAGAGGCUGAGAGCCAAAGAGGAAGAGAUAGAGAAGAUGGGGAAACUGAAUUGGGCAUUGGAAGAGAGAGUGAAAUCGCUGUGCGUAGAGAAUCAGAUUUGGCGCGACCUGGCUCAGACGAACGAAGCCACGGCCAAUGCUCUGAGGACUAAUCUCGAACAUGUUCUAGCCCAGGUUAAAGAAGACCACCAUCGAACCCAGGAAGAAGAAACUCAAGCCGCCGCAGCGGGUUUAGCCGCGUUAAUGGACGAUGCACAGUCAGGCUGCGGAAGCAGCGGCGGAGAAGUAAACGGAGACGAUGGAGAAGUAAACGCCACCAUGGAUGGGUGUGGGUGGCGAUUGAUAGGUGAUAGGAAAGGGGAAGAGGAAGGUACAAGUGGGAGAGGCGGUAAUAAAAGCAAAAGCAAUAAGAUGAUGGUGGAUAAUAAUAGUUUUAAUGGAGGUACAACUGGGAAUAGCAACAAGAGGUGGUGCAGGAAUUGUGGGAAAGAAGAGUCUUGCGUAUUGAUAUUGCCUUGCAGGCAUCUCUGUCUGUGUACAGUUUGUGGGUCGUCGCUGCAUACUUGCCCAAUCUGUAAAACUCCCAAGAACGUCAGUUUGCAUGUCAAUAUGUCCUGAAUUAUAUAUAUUCCACGACAAAAAAAAAAACACGACAAAUUCACAACCCAAAACUUUUCCCUCUUCUAUACAAAAUUUGCUUCUUCUUCUUCGUCUUCUUUUCGAUCCCAAUUAUUUAUUUGUUUUUACCAUGUGAAUACAUAUUCUUUUUUUCUUAUAA